UUUCUGGUGAAUACAAAAUAGCGGUUGCUGAUUGCUAAACGCGCCGUUAGUCUGGAGUAAGCGGUCACCGGAGCAAAACCGCUGUUGAAGAACCACAGAGGUUUAUGAGUAUGGACCUGGAAGACUUCGAUGCGCCGAACCAGACUCCUUCUCGAAUCUCUCGGUUCGCGCCCAAGUCUAAGUUCAAACCGAGACCAAAAUCCGAACCGACUUCCAAACCGGAACCGCAGGAAUCGAUUCCGAAGGCUGAACCAGGAGAGCCGGCGGCGUCGAAAACGGCGACGCCGGAAGUGGUGCCGAGAAAAUUCGAAGGAAUCGAAGUGCCGCCGCCCAAGAGCGAUGUUUCGGCUUCGAAUGGCGCUGUGAAACUGGAGGUGGAGCCCAAGGUCGAAGCCACGGAAGAACCAAAAGGAAACGAUCCGAUGGAAGAAGACGCCGCCGAAGAUACAGUAAUCCGAGAAAUCGAUGUCUUCCUUAAUCCUAAAAUCGAUGACGAAACUCAGCUAUAUGUACUGCAAUAUCCUUUGAGGCCGUGGUGGCGGCCCUAUGAAUUGGACGAGCGUUGUGAGGAGGUGAGAGUAAAGCCUGCGAGUGCGGAAGUGGAGGUUGAUUUGGCUUUGGAUGUUGAUUCCAAGAAUUACGACCAGGAGUUCGGUAGCAAAUUGAGGAUGACAAAGCAGACUUUGUCUUGCUCAUGGGAGCCACCUCGCAAAACUGGCUAUGCUAUUGGUGUUUUGAUGGGUAAUAAGUUACACCUGAAUCCUAUUCAUGCAGUUGUACAGCUUCGACCAUCAUUGGAGCAUCUAACGUGCCCUAGCUCAAAAAGGAAGAACAGUGUCACGGGGGAUGCAGAUGAUACUGUUAAACUGGAAGAAUCUAGUCAAAGGAAGCCUAUCGGAUCAAAGAAGCAGCAAGUGCACUCUUCAGUGGAGCAGAAAACUAUAGAUGAAGAGUGUUGGGUUCCUCUCAAGUACCAUGGCUCAGGGAGUGAAUUUUCAUCUAGAUAUUUAGAAAGAAUGGUGGCACAAGAACGUGCACCCUUACAAUUCACACUGAACCCGUAUGACUAUAUUGACUCUCUGUGUCCUGGAUCAAACAACAAUGAUGUUAGAUCCAAAGGUCCUUCAAGGAGGUUGUUGCUUUCACUACCUCUGGAAGAGCGUAUGCAGAAAUUACUUUCUGAGGGAGCUGCAGUUCACAAAUUCAAUGCUCUUAAGCACUUUGCUCCUGAUUGCACUGCAGAAGCAAUUCUUGAUGUUCUUCAGCGUAAUGCUAUAUUAGUGCAAGGCCUCUGGGCUCUCAAAAGUCGAUUGCUAUUUCCAUUGCCAACUAAAGAGAAUUUCAUGCAGCGAGCUGCUAGGGAUUAUGUCCUUCUUUUAUUUAAGAAAAGUCCUGUGAUUAGCUUUUCAUUGUUGAAGGUUCCUCCAUCUCUUAAAAAUUUUGUGAACAAAUUCCUCAAUAUAUUUGCUACUGAACGUCCUUCCGUUAAAGAUUGGAAAUUUAAAGAGCCUACAGAUCAAUCAUUUAUAAAACUCUACCCAGAUGUUGUUGAAAAGCAAGAAGAGGUUUGGGCGGAAUUGGAGAGAAUGGUUAUGAAGAAUUUUGAUGAUGGAAAAUCUGUGCAUAGUGCAAAGAAUGCCAGCAUGACCAGUAGGCCUGGAAGACCAUCGAAUUCUGAUAAAGGUAUAACAAAAACUGUAACUGUUGUACCCAGUGGUAAAACCGUUCCAGAUGAUAUUCGAGAAGCUCUAUCAACAAAGGUUCUCCCAAAAGUGAUUCAAGACUACAAGGUUUGCAGCUUUCAGCUGAUAUGCCAAGGUUUGCGUGAUUUGGCACUUACCAAAUCAAACCUCCCGAAGGUGGAUGCUAGAAUUGUAAAAGCAGCAGAGUAUGGUACUGAUUGUCCUGAUGAGCUGCGGAAGCUUGUAGAUCAAGUUGCAGUAAACAUUCAUGGUGUAUACGUUGCCAAAUCAUCAUUAGAUCACCCGCAGUAUGAUCCAUUGAGGAAUAUUGUAAUUGAUCUUCUACGUCAAAAUGGGCCUAAUGCAAAACUGAAAAAAGCUGAAGUCUUCGACGCUGCUAGGAAAGCUUUAAAGCGGGAGGUCUCUAGCAGUGAAUAUAGCAAGGUCAUGAAUGAGUUUUGCGUGUUCAAGGGUUCACUAUGGACGUUGAAGAGUGGUGAUGGCCGUCCAAACGUGUAGCUUUAGAUUUCUAGUUGGAGAAGAUUCAGUCUUGCUAGCGUUUAAAGUAAACUUUUUGGCUAACGUUUGCUGUAAAUUUAACGGUAUUUUUGGUGGCGUUUGCCUAGCCCCUAAAAGUAAGGGCCCAAUAUGCAAUAUGUCAUAUUAAUUAUGUGCCAUAUCUUUUAUCUAAUCAUAGAAAAUAAUUAUUUUUUGAAAUAGUAAA